AUGCACGGGCAGGCACUGGGCGACAUGCUGAUGGACAGUUGGUCGGUGGCGAUGCGCAGGCAGCAGCAUGCAGGCAGCAGCAUGCGGGUUGUCGAGCGAGCUAGCAUGCGGGCGCCGAGCGACGAGAUGGAAGGAAAGCACCGGCGGCCGGCGGCUAGCUGUGGCGUGCUGCACUGCUGCGUGUGGAAGGCAGGUGUCGAGGACUUCUUAUUUCUGAAAUACACUGAGUAUAUGGAUGUUCGGCAUAAAAUUUUUUCAUUGCCAACCCUACACGCGACACGUACGUACAACAUAGAGAGCGCCGACCGGGCGCGGGCGCGGGCGCGACACGAACUCGCCAACAACCCAAACCGGCUGCACCCGCAUCUGCAUCCACUCAAAGCCAGGACCAGGAGCCGUAGAAAAACCAGCCCAAGAGGAGAGAGAGAGACCUCCGUGCCAGCCCCGCCCCACCUCGCCGCCUCUCCACGCGACCUGCUCGCCGCUGCCGCCGGCGCCGCAUCACAAAUGCCCACCCAGAAGCGCCCGCCUCCGCCUCCGCCACCCUCUCCCUCCCCCUCCGCGGCCCCUGGCGCCGGCUCGCCCCCUCCCUCGUCUCCGCCGCUGCCGACGGCCGAGCCCGCGGAGAAGAAGCCCAAGCUGGAGGUGAACGGCAGCGCCGGCGCCGAAGCCAACGGCAACGCCAACGAUUUCGGCGCGAAGGAGGGGACGGAGGUGGAGGCGUCGGAGUCUGAGUCGGAGGAUGCGGACGCCGCAAAACAGGAGUUUGUACCAGUAAAAUUAUCUGAUGUACGCAAAGAAGUGCAGUGUCCCAUAUGCUUAGGCAUCAUCCGGAAGACUAGAACAGUUAUGGAAUGCCUGCACCGGUUCUGUAGGGAAUGCAUUGACAAAUCCAUGCGACUUGGGAACAACGAGUGUCCAGCGUGCCGCACACACUGUGCGAGCCGGCGUUCUUUGAGAGAUGAUCCGAAUUAUGAUGCCUUGAUUGCAGCUCUAUAUCCAGAUAUUGACAAAUAUGAAGAAGAGGAGCUAGCGUUCAACGAAGAGGAGAAUGACCGCAACAAGCAGAUUCAAGCAUCCAUUGCUGAGGCUUUUCGGAAACAAUCAGAAGUUAUUGGGCGGAAGUCUACUGCCAAAGCUACUGCUGCUGCAUUUGUAAGAAGAUCACGCCGUAACAUUCGGCCUAAUGGGCAGAAUACCUAUUUCCGUGGCCGAGGAAAAGCCAGUUCUGAUGACGUUGCUCUGGCCUGUUCUGAAGAUGAAGAGGAUGGAAACGGUGAAAGCUGUAGCAAAGAGGCCUCAUCUGCGGAGGAGAGUUCCCCAGAGAAAAAGCAGAAACGACUGCCAAAAUGGCCAACACCGCGUUCUUCACCUGCCCGAGCAUGCAAUGAUGAGGUUGCUUCUGAUGAAAAGGAUGAUGUAGGAAUAUCCAGGGAAAAUUUCAGCACAUCUCCUCUACGAGCAUGGGGAAAGAAUGGCACUCGCAGUCAGACUCGCCACAGUAGCUUCAGUGGUUCAAAUGGCAGGAUGGUCAAGGGUGGGCGCAUGAUCAAGUUGGUUGAGUGCUUGCGAAAUUCUGACGACAAUGAAGGCGAGCGUGAUGUACAUCUUUGUCUGCUUCCACUUGAUGGACAAACGGCACCAAAUCUGGAGAAGUCAUAUCUGUGUUGCGGCCCAACUCUGUCCAUCAAACAACUUUGUCAGUUUGUCGCCAGUCAGACAUCUCACAAAGAUGAAGAAGUUGAGAUGUAUGCGCUGAAGCCUUCUUGUAGCAAGCCUGUCAGCACUAAUACAUGCGGUCCUGACAAAGCAAGGCUCGCAGGGGAGGAACGCCUUUCAGACUUGCGCUCCUCGUUCACAUUUCCUAAUGGGGUUCUGGAGCUGGUGUAUGCCAUAAAAGUGGCUAACUAGAUGCUGAGUGAAGGCCCAUUAGUUCAAAUGGAAGUGUUUUUUGUUUAUACAUAUCUUCAUCGUGAUCCCUUGACGAAAUGACAGGUUUGGGCUCUUGAAUACAACUUGGAAGGAAAAAAAACGUUGGGGGAGACUAGUUGUUGUAUAAUUAGCUUGUGAGAUGUGAGAUAAAUGUGCGUACGUUGUCAACGAAUAGUUUCAGAAGAGUCAGAUUGGCUUCCACAGUUCACCUCGCUGCAACCCAAAAUCUGGUCUCCACUGCCGGCAUUUGGGGGAAUUUCUCGGUUGGGUGAAGGCUGAGUUAUUUCCUCGAGUGGUCAAGUUGUUUUACUUCCACAGUUCACCAGUUUCAGCUUUUGUAAUUCAUCGGUUCAUAUUCUUCAGGCGGCAGCCAGUCCGUGCUGCGAACGACUUCCCAGAUACAUGUAACAUAAAUCUUAUAAAAAAUAUAUAUGUAACAGAAAUUACUUUUUUUGUCGUUUCUUUGUACGGCACAAGGACAGUCGUAUUUAACCUUGAGCUGGUUAUACCAGAGUGUUACUAUUUUAUUAUAUCUGUACUUAUACAAACUACAAGGCAAUGUAUUCUUCCUUUGCGAA